GAAGCUCUGAUAUUCAGUGAGACGAGGAAGGUUGAGAAGAAAAAUGGAGGAGACGACGAUUCCUUUCAAGAGCUUACAUAGCAGAGAGUAUCAAGGUCACAAGAAGAAGGUACAUUCUGUGGCUUGGAAUUCUAAUGGAACAAAGCUUGCUUCGGGUUCUGUUGAUCAAACGGCUCGUAUUUGGAACAUUGAACCUCACGGUCAUAGUAAGGCUAAGGACCUUGAACUAAAGGGCCAUACUGAUAGUGUGGAUCAGCUAUGUUGGGACCCCAAACAUUCAGAUCUUGUUGCUACUGCCUCUGGUGAUAAAAGCGUUCGUCUCUGGGAUGCUCGCAGUGGAAAAUGCACACAGCAGGCAGAACUUAGUGGAGAGAAUAUAAACAUCACCUACAAACCUGAUGGGACUCAUGUAGCUGUUGGUAAUAGGGAUGAUGAGCUUACCAUUCUGGAUGUCCGUAAGUUUAAACCUCUACACAGACGCAAAUUCAAUUAUGAGGUUAAUGAGAUUGCUUGGAACAUGGCAGGAGAUUUUUUCUUCUUGACUACAGGACUUGGCACUGUUGAAGUUCUUUCGUAUCCAUCUCUUAAACCACUUGACACUCUCACAGCCCACACAGCCGGGUGUUAUUGUAUUGCAAUUGAUCCUAAAGGGAGAUAUUUUGCUGUCGGGAGUGCGGAUUCCUUAGUCAGCCUUUGGGAUAUCUCAGACAUGCUUUGUUUGAGAACAUUUACCAAACUUGAGUGGCCCGUCAGAACAAUAAGCUUCAACUAUUCGGGAGAGUAUAUUGCUUCAGCCAGUGAGGAUUUAUUUAUAGAUAUUGCUAAUGUCCAAACCGGGCGGACGGUGCAUCAGAUUCCAUGUCGGGCUGCCAUGAACAGCGUCGAGUGGAAUCCCAAAUACAAUUUACUUGCAUAUGCAGGCGAUGACAAGAAUCCCAAGUAUAAUACUGAUGAAGGUGUUUUUCGGAUAUUUGGUUUUGAGAGCUCGUAGAAACAGAACACUGCAUCAGGAAACAUGAUACACAACUCCGCUUGAUCCGUGUUGAGUUAGAAAAAAUUUAUGUGCCAUGUGUGCUACUAAAUUUGUAUUGUCAGUAUCAAGUUGGAAUCUUACAGAUCACUAAAUACAUUGAAAGUUUGCAGUUCUGAUUUUAUAUGAAUCUGGCAUUUUAUGAUUCA